GCUCAUCACAGCUGACGACGGCUUCCGCCAACGUUGUGACCGGCGUGUAUGUGGCCAGGCUUCAAAAACGUCAUUUCAACUUCGCACACGCACGGCAUAAAGAUAAAUGUAGAUUCACGUAACUACUUAUCGUAAGAUGUCAGGAUUUACCAAAUUUCAAAAAUAUGCGAUCUCCGGACUCGGCGUUGUCGGCGGAGCUGCGCUGCUUUAUUACAAUGUUUACGGUGGCGGUGAAUCUAUGCAUGUGCACGCCUCCUGGACCACCAACCACACUCCAUCUGUACUAUGGGAGCACAAUUGGGAUAGACGCGAGCCAAAGUCCUUGGUCAAACCUGUCAAGUUAAACACUGAAAGUGAUGAGAAUAGGUACAACGAAGAACUGGCUGGGCAAAAAGUGACGGCUACACGUCAUUUGUUCCUUAUCCGACACGGGCAGUACAAUACAAAUGGGAGAACGGACUUUGAGAGAACUCUUACCAAUCUCGGCAGAAUACAGGCAGAAUCUACUGGAUCGCGGCUUGUUGAAUUAAAGUACCCUUACACGAUGAUCGUCAGAUCCACAAUGAGUCGGGCUCAAGAGACGUCUAAAAUUAUAGAAAAGAAUUUUCCCGAAGUUCCUACGAAGGACGACAGUCUUCUAGAAGAGGGAGCGCCUAUUCCUCCUGAACCACCGGUUGGUCAUUGGAAACCUGAAAAAUAUCAGUUUUUUCAAGAUGGACCUAGAAUAGAAGCUGCAUUUAGGAGAUACUUUCACAGGGCAGAUCCUAAGCAGACGCAAGAUUCCUAUACCCUUCUAGUAUGUCACGCAAAUGUGAUAAGAUACUUCGUCUGCAGAGCUCUGCAAUUUCCGCCAGAAGCUUGGCUACGUUUGUCAUUGAAUCAUGCAAGUAUUACUUGGAUUGCUAUAUCUCCUUCUGGCAGAGUAACUCUGCGUUGUUUAGGUGACACUGGACAUAUGUUACCUCAAAACGUUACUGCUAACUAAAGGAAUUGUCUUCUAAUUAACAAGUGAACAUCUAUUAUUUUUUUAACCCGUUAGAAUACUUUCAAUUCAAAUUCAAAUACAUUUGUAAAUUAGUACGACAGUAGAUAGUAUCAUUAAUGCAACGUGAUAUGCAUAUACUUGUUACAUUCAUAAGUAGAUUAGAUUGAAUUUUACGAAGGUGUGCAAGUGUGAUUCAUUUCGUUUGUUUUCUUAGGUCUCAUGUUUGGAACGGUAAUAUUGGGUUUUAACUGUUGCAGUUUUUUCUUAAGAAAUUCUGCUGAAUCACAGCAAGUAUUAUAUAUACAUAUACGUAUAACGUCCACACGAAAUUGAACGGCACCUUUUACAUAAUUUUUUAUCAGCAUAAUAGAAAUAGUUAUCAUUGUUGCAAUCAUUCAAAGUACAUAAUCACUUGUAAAUUUUACACUGAAAAGAUUUAAUUGUGUUGAUCCUAUACGUUUGUAAAUCAAAUAGAAAUAAUUAUUUGUCCA